ACGAAAGAAAAAGGAAAUGUUCAGCAAAGAUGACUAGAAGCAAUUGGUUUAGUGGACAUGGAAAGAGCGAAAAGGAAUAACGCAGACGUAACAUAAACAAUGAGGUAGAGGUAGGUAAUAUGAUUCUUGAUCAUUGCAGUAGAGUGGCUGGGCCAGAUUGAACAGAUCAUAGACGGCAUUUGUAUAGGAGCAGGACAAAGGUGCGUGACUAAUAAUACUCUAUUCCGAAAAAAUGUUGGGACAAGGACAAUAAAGCGUUAACAAGUCCUUGACUGGGAAGGACACCUUGUCCGGAUAUCAACCACCAUCUCCGGAAAGGUCAGGUGCCCAACACUGUUGAACACUAACUUUACCAAGCGAGGGACUCAGUCUCGCUGAAGAAAUCUAUCCAUCUAUCCAUCCAUCCGAUAUCUAUUAUCGGCAUAUUGGGACACCACAAUAUAAAUCCAGCGGAUUUGAGCUUGGAGUGGACGAAGUUGGGAAGCAAAAACUGAAGGCCAAAUGGGAGGUUUUUGAUGGGCAGUUUUUUGCAUAUGAAUCCAAUUCUGGCCCUGGCCUUGAUCUUUGAACAGUUGAGAUGGUUAGCGAAGGAGAGUUGGACGAAGAAGGAAAAACCGUGGAGCGCAUUGAUGGCAUUUUACAAUUCCCCGGCUGAAUCCGCCAAAUGAACCAGUUCGUAUGUAUGUUGUGCAUAUUGUACCGGAAGAUGGUUGAUGGUGGGGCCUUGGUGUGUGAGGGCUUCGGGCGGGUCGAAUUAGCUCAUUGGUUUUACAUCGACGAGUAUGUACAGGACAACGCUAGCAAUUACAAGCCCAAGCUCAGAAGCUGUGGAAUGCGAGAAUUCGCCGAGCACAUGUUCAGGCACAUUGGGUUCCUUCGUGGUUAUGCCGACAACAUUCAUGAGGUCUUGGAGAAUUGGAGACAGUACAAAAUGUCCGUGCCUACAUACGGCGCCAUCAUUCUCAACGAAGAUCUCUCUCAGGUCCUCUUAGCCCAAGGUUUUUGCUCCAAAUCAACUUGGAGUUUCCCCAAAGGCAAGGUCAACGAGGACGAGCUCCCUCAUGAUUGUGCCGUUCGAGAAGUCUACGAAGAGACGGGUUUUGAUAUCUCGUCAAGAAUCGAUGAAAACGUGUACCUGAAAACGAUAGUAAACGACCAAACCGUAAUGCUGUUCUUGAUUCCUGGUGUCCCCACGAAAACCAAAUUCAUGCCCAGAACUCGCAAUGAGAUUCGGGACCUCCAAUGGUUUCCCGUGGCUGACCUUCCACUUCACAAGAAGGAGGUGAUGCCACCCAACCACCUCAAUAUUGGACCAAACAAUCUCUAUAUGGUUUUCCCAUUCAUCAAAAGCCUCAAGAAAUGGAUUGGAACAUUCAAAAGGGGACAUUUUCGAAGACUCCCAUCAGAGGUUCACAGUAGUAACCGCCAAACUCCGCCGAUAGAAACUCCCAAACCCUUGAAGGAAAACCCUCCAGAAUUAAAACCUCGACAACAAUUACAACAACCAGCUCAAGCAUUUGAAGAACUCCAUUGUCCGACGAAUUGGUCCAAAUUCCAAUUCGACAAGAGCGAUAUUCUCUCUGCCAUGUCCUCAACUCCUGGCUGGAUUGCUCAAUAACAAGCGUAACGUGAUCUCUCAGAAUUUGACAUUAUCCUCACUGUUUUGUGCUUAUGUUUUGUAACUGAACAUAAAUCCAAUGUGUUAUGCAAA